GUUUACAUUGUGAGCAGACCUCAGAUUUACAGUCAUCCAGCUGCACCGCGGAGACAACAGCUGCCUCUCUUUAAAGGACAGUUUUUCAGUUUUGUUGUCACUUGCCAAUUUAGGCUUUACGCACAGUCAUGAUUUUGACGCACAGGUGAACUUACCUCACCUCAACGUACCCCGAUCAGAACUCAAAAAAGGAGAAAAGAAAAGUGUCCAGUUCACACUCUCCUCCUCCUCGUUUUUCCUUUUUUAAUUGCUGAAGCGGAGCAGGUCGUCAGAGUCAUGUCCAGGAAGAAGACAGCGAAAGGCAAAGGGAGCUCCAAGAGCCCCAAGGCAUCUCCGAGCAGCGGGAGGACGGGGAAGGGUUUGACCGCAGCUGCUGCUCCGUCCUCAGGGCUGGUCUAUCCCAGCAGACCGUCCAUCAGCAACAGCGGAGAGUUUUAUGACAUCGCCUUCAAGGUGAUGCUCGUGGGGGAUUCAGGCGUGGGAAAGACUUGUCUGCUGGUUCGCUUCAAAGAUGGAGCCUUUCUGGCUGGGAGCUUCAUCUCCACCGUGGGCAUUGACUUCAGGAAUAAAGUUAUGAGCAUUGAUGCUGUGAAGGUCAAACUGCAGAUAUGGGACACUGCUGGUCAGGAGCGUUUUCGGAGUGUCACUCACGCUUACUAUCGCGAUGCUCACGCUCUGCUGCUUCUGUACGACGUCACCAACAAAGCAUCCUUCGACAACAUCAGGGCAUGGCUGACAGAGAUUCAUGAAUACGCCCAGCAGGAUGUGGUCGUCAUGCUGCUGGGCAACAAGGCUGACGUGACACAUGACAGGGUGGUGAAGCGAGAAGAGGGGGAGAAACUGGCAAAGGAAUUUGGAGUGCCGUUUAUGGAGACAAGUGCAAAAUCUGGACUGAAUGUCGAGCUGGCGUUCACUGCUGUGGCCAGGGAACUGAAGCACAGGACCAUGAAGGAACCCGAUGAGCCAAAGUUUCAGCUGCAGGAGUACGUCGACAAAGAAAUGAGGACCGCUGGCUGCUGCCGCUCAUAGACCACAUCCUACUUGUGUGUAUGUGCGUGUGUAUUUGUGCAAGAGAGAGAGAAAGACAGCAGGUGCACUCUCUUACACUAUGUAAUAAGUUUGAGUUGGUGUACCUGGAAAUGGCCUGAAAUUCUCAAUGUUUAUAUUUCUCUGCGGCCAAUACGCUCUCUCUCUCCCGACCCACCUUCCCUCUGCGACUGUGAAUGUAAUAUAAUUCCUGUCUCCAAGCUUGCACAUACACAUGCAUGUCUGCGCACAGACGCUAUGUUUGUAAGCCCGUUUAAUCCAUUCUGUGCCAGUUUCCAUGAUUGAUGUAAAUAUUUUAAAUGUAAUUUUAAUUUUGUGCUCUGGAAGCUUUGUUGUUUAUAGAUGCCUGUCUUAUUGAAAGAAACUCUACAGACGUAACAAGGCUAAAUAUUAAAUCAGUCUGACUAGAAUAACAGAAACCAAUUUGUACAAACCACCAUUGCACAUAAUGUAAGCUGUCACUCUGCACUACAGUACAUGCUGUUUAUGUACAGGAUACCAUAUAAUAACAGUUUUAAUAACACUGAUGUGUCUGUGACCCAUUCGAGCUAGCAACCUUUUGUACACAGUUUAAGUUUGACGUUAGAACUGUGUGAUAUAUUACUAACAUGAAUAAAUCUCCAGCGGUGAUACAUGUAUACAACAACACAAUCAGCAAAGGACAGCAGACCUACAAUGGGAAAUGUAUCUUCCUGAGAAAUGAUCCAGUUGUUCCAGAAAAAUCAUUUUCUAGAUGUUGAUCCGUUUUCAGUAAAUUAAAGAAAAGGACAAAUGCUUUUUGCAACAAAAAACAACUGCAUUUGUGUGAAGUCUGCUGUUAACCUGCAUAGCAAAAAGAAAACAUUACAAAAAACAGUUGAAUAUUGGGUGUGAAAAACGUAUUUUCCAUUGCAUAUUUCUUCCCCAAACCUUGAACGGGACCUUACAUAUACAGUAUUGUGCAAAAGCCUUGAUGCAUCCCUCAAUUCUUUACAUUUUGUUAGGAAAAUGUGAAAUAGCUGCAGUGAUUUAUUGAAAUGUGCGCAAAGAUACAUGGAAAUAUAUCAGUACAUAUGUCAAAAACAGAGUUUGUGAAAUUCCCAGCACCUUAAAGUCAAUAUUUGAUAUGACUCUCUUUCUUGUAAUUUCUUUAAAUAAUCUUCUCUAAUAGUUCUUCAGGUUUUUUUGAAUGACAAAAGUUCUUCUUUGGAUGUUGGCUGCCUUUCAUUCCCACAUUGAUGAUGCCACACUGCUCCAGUGAUGUUGAGGUCCGGGAUCUAGGGAGGCCUGUCCAUGACUGAUAGCAUUCUACUGUGUGUUGUUCUGUCCCAGUAUGCCUUUACUGCACGGGCAGUGUGUUUGGGAUCAUUGACAUGCUCAAAAACGAAGCUGUUGCCAAUCAGACACUUUCCAGAUGAUCAUGGUACUUUUCUUCAUUCUUAAUUCAUAAUUCCACCAGUUUUAACAAGGUCAGCAUCAAGCAAUGCAAUUGUACCUCUAUCCUGACCUUCUCCAUAGGUAUUGAUAAUGAAAUUUCAAAUUUGGAUUAGGUCUUCUUAAAACCCAUUGCCAGUCCUUAAGAAUGACUUCUUUACAGCCACCCUUGUUUCUACUAGUGAGUGUAAGUAAGUGCCUGAAGAUACAAUUUAAAAUAAGUUAUUUGCUACGUGAUGCCUGUUAUGUGUAGACAAAACACUAAUUCAUUCCUUGAGUUUUGGUGCCUUUUUUAUCUCUGAUUCAUAGGUCAGUGAUGGGUGGCUUAACAAACCAAAAAACAGUAUUUGUCAGAAAAUUGUCAGGUACAAGGAUGGGACUGAAAAUGAGUGAACAAGCAGCCAAUGUCCAGAAAAAAAUUGGACAGACAUUUUGAAACCCGGUUGCUCAAGAACACUUAAAAAAUGAUAGGAAAGUCUGGCUUCUUGGAAUAUAAAGAAAUGAGGAGUGGCUCAAGACUUUUGUAAAGCUACUGUAAGAACAUCUAUGAAUUAAAAUAUAGAGAUCUGGAAUUGGUCCCGUGUAACUCAGACUCCUCUCAUGGAGUUUUAUGUAUCUUUGUAUCACAUGUCCAAGUCUUCAUCAGCCAAAGGAAAUGAUCACAGCGAAACACCCAACUUAAAAACAAUAUAUAGAUUUUGAUGUUUUAUUCUAUUUAUUUAUGAAAAACUUGGUUGAAAGUUUUAAACAGAGAUUUUCUUUAGAGAGCCUUUCUGAUUAGAAGAUACAUAUUGCUGUUGAGAAAGAAGCUUUUCAUUGCCGGUAUUUUUUUACACAAAAACACAACAUCAUGGGGCCAGAUGUAUAAAACUGAAUACUCAUGACUAAAGCUGUUUGUAUGCAACAAAGAAAGGUUAGGAAAAAUGUGCACAUUCUUUUUUUGUCAGAUAUAUAAAACUGUGUUGUUGUUGUUUUUCUUAUUUUUUUUUCCUUUUUUGGGGGGUUUAUUAAAGCUCAAUUUUUGCCAUUCCUGUUCUUACCAAUUAGUGGAAGUACACACUCGUUAUGGUAUCAUUACAACAUGAGCAAACAAGAUCUCAGGUUCAUGAUCAGGAUAAAAACUAGUAAGGGAAAGAAGCAGUGGAGGCUAUUAACUAUAUAAAUUCAAAGAAAAACACCAUGGCAGAAAUGCUGUACUACAAGGGCAUCAGUUCUUGCAAGAAAAACACAUUUAUACCGAGCUGUUGUGUUAUGUGUUAAGUUUCCCUGACCUUUUUUCCCACACCACCACGUGGGGCUCCGCUCUAAUACAAACCAUACCACUUUAUGUGUGGUGAAAACCGUAUACGUGUUUUUUAAUGCACACAUUCUGUUUAUACAUCCAGCCCCUGGUUUCAUUUUACCACAUUGCGCAAAAUUUUCAAAGCAAAAUAAACUUACAGCAGAGUCGUAUAAUCUAGAACAGUGAACCACAGGGGAGCGUUUAAAUCUUUGAGGACAGCUUGCUUACAUUUUUUCUAUUUUCUCUGCAGUUAUUGGUAGAAACCCGUUAUUUUUCCAGGUGUUUUAUCAAAGAUGGUUUCAUACAGAUUUCUGCCAAUGUUGUAAACUCUAUCAAGUAGUACUACAAAGCAUAAGUAAGGAUUUUACAGUGAAGCAUACAUUUUUAGAAUUAAUCAGUUCUCAUGAAUUUAUUGUUAACUUGUAAUCUGUAUACUGUAUCUUAACUGAGGUUAUUUGUAUUGUAUCGAUCUUUUGUGUUGACUAAUAAAGAAUCUAUCA